CACUCGGUACACACACACACACACACACACACACACUCACUCGGUACACGGUGCAAAGCGAAACGACCGGAGCCGAAUCCGAGCGAACCUGUCGGGCUGUGCAGAGUAAAAAUGGGAUAUUACAUCUCACAACUUUUCCAAUAAGAGCAAUUCCAGGCGGAUCAAUGGCAUGGCUGUGGACGCUGCCUCCAGCUUCAGUUUCUGUCGUCCUGCAGUAGAGUACAAGGCACUUCCAGAGGACUUUAAGUACCAGCUGAGCCGCUGCACCGGUGGAAAUCUUACCUGGCAUGAGUGUCGCGGGAACAAAACAGCAGGCGGUCGUACUGUCAAACUUCUACAACAGCCAGGAACUGAGCCCUUGCAGCUUCACACAGGGGAUGCAUACUCUGUUUACCACACCAGUCCCACCCUGCCAAGUCUGUCUAGGCCAGUGGUUCUAUGGUCCCAACAGGAUGUGUGUAGGUGGUUAAAGAAACACUGUCCUCACAACUACCUGACCUACGUGGAGGCUUUUUCCCAUCACGCCAUUACAGGCCGAGCUUUGUUGAGACUAAAUGGUGAGAAGUUGGAGAGAAUGGGUCUGGUACAAGAAACUCUCAGACAGGAGCUUCUUCAGCAGGUCCUGCAGCUGCAAGUUCAGGAGGAAAGACGCAAUCUCCAGCUGCUCAGCAGAGGGACUUUUGGGAACCUGUCAUAGCUACAGCCAUGCGUGGGCAGCUCUGCCAGGCUCAGUAUGCUGUGAGAGGGCAUCGAGGCAUGGGGCCACAGGCUGUGUGUGUGCAAGAACAGACCUCUGUCUUGGACUGCCACAGGCGACUGAGGCUUUGGCAGAGCUUUUAGCAUCACCAGCUGAACCUUCAUGUCCAUCUCAGAUUCCAGAAGAACACAGACUGAAUCUGCAUCAACAAGGAGAAUAAAGAAUCUAACCUGAAUCUCCCCGCUGAGAGUAGUGGACUUAAAUUGGGCUACUCUAAAAAGUAGUGUCUCUGCCAGCUACAGAACUUUAACCAGGAGUGCUGGGAAACAUAUGUUUUUGCUGAUCACCUUAAGCUGUUUCCUUCUCUGGAAGUUUCAUUUUCAUGACAAGUCAUUUUGUCAGCAAAGACUGUGUGGGAGAUCUUGCACUGCACAAUAACUCACUGUAAUAAUCUUGCAAGAGACAAAUGUCAACUAGGAGACAGAUGGAAUCAGCUACAGUGUAAUUAUGUAGAAAUUAAGAAAGCAGCAAGCCUUGACAUGCCUUUCCAAGGUACCAUAUCUAACUGAAAUGUCCGAGUGGUAUUGUAAAACAGUUUGAAGGAAAGAUGGGGUGAGAGGAAAAAAAAAGCUCAUCAGGACUUUAUAUUGUUUAACACUCACCAAAAUAAAUGCUGCGGUUAUAAAAAUACUGUAAAAGAAAUGAAAGGAACACAAACGUAGGCGUUUCUAGUCUGUUCGUCACAUUCAUGACACUUUGUAAAGCUUACUUGGGGACAUUAGAACAUUACAGAAAUUCUACAGUAUAAAUGGUUGACAUUCUCGCCAUACUUUGUUUUGCAUACCGAACAUUUGGUGAUUUGCAUUGGCUUGUUGAAUAUACUUUCCUUUGAAAGCCAUUCUGACUAACGUGGCACCCAUUGGCCUGAGGGCACACACUAUGUUAUGUUAUGUUAUGUUAUGUUAUGUUUGCAAUCUUCAUAUUCAUUCCUUAAAUAUGAAGUCAUAUUUAAAAAUUUGUAAAUAAAAACACAUGAUGUUAGCCCUAGAGAAAUGUAUACAAAGAAUUAGUAACUAUUUCAUUUGGAUCUGUUGCAGUUUACCCCAAGUCUCUGAUGUGUGGGUUUUGAUGUAUGUUGUUGUAUAGUACUUACAUUUAUUUGCUGAGUUGGACUUAGCUAAUAUACUUAAGUAUUACAGCCCCAGUAAUAUGUGCCAACACUACCUCACUACUGGCUCUCCAUGGUGAUUGUUUGGGAGUGUAUUGUUCAGGCUUUUUGUAUAUGACUUUGUAUAUGACUUAGAUUAUUAUGUGUAGCCUACAUGUCUGAUAGACAGACUGUUACUCUUUGAACACAGUGUCUCAUGGUGUAGCCUACUGAAACAAUAUAGUAAACAAAACUUAUUGAAAUUUUGGAUAAUAUUCCUUCUAGCAAUGAAUAAAUAUUUGUGUGGGGAUUUGAAAAGGUGGAUUACAUCUCAUUUGCACAAAUGCAGCUUAAGCCUAUCAUUGGUAUUGGUACAGCAUACAUUCUACUUUGUUUUCCCUUUUUAAAUGGACCUGGCUCAGCUCAUUAGUAAGGGUAUUGUGAGUGGAAAGAGAUAUUUUAAAAAGCAGAUGAAACAACAUUUGGGUGCAUAUGUUCUCCACGAGUGAGAAAUACUGUGGUGUUGUGUCAUGCAAUUAUCUAUGAUGGAAGUAGUUGUUGGGGUAUUCUGCCAUCUACUGACCUUUUUCUACCAAAAAAUAAAAAUAAAAUAAAAUGAAAGCCAGACCUAAAGAAGGUACAGUGAUAAAGUAAAUAAAACCAACAUUUUAGUAGGAUGUUGGGCCUCAGUCUUCCCAAAGAUAUUCCCCAGCUGUUGUUUUGAUGAUAUAUAUAAAAUCUCCCAUACAUGUUCAUCUGGUUUGCAUCAUUUUGAUCAAACUCAUCAAACCAUUCCACAUAUUUAUGGAUCAAACGGUAUAUUCUUCAUUUCGGGUGCCAGAAAUGAUGGAUGUGACUGUUUUAUACCAGUUUGUCAAAGCUAUGUUACAGUAUUUUAUACUGAUAGGUGACAAAUUAAAGGAAAAAGUGGUGAUUGAGUCCAUAUUCCAUGGGGAUAUUUUGUAAGCAUUAUUGUAAAUCAGUGUAAUGUUCAUUUAACUAAUGACCUAUGAUAAUUUCUAUCGUGAUGCGAGUGCUCUCUUCCAGAAUAACAAUGCCAUUGGACAAGCGGAAAUCCUUGACAGCAAAAUACCCCAAUGACAUAUCAACCAUUGUUUUUUCUUUUAAUUUGGAAAAAAAAAAGAUUUGUUCAAUAUCAAAUGAUCAAAUGC